AUGCUGACGAAACAGAUCCUCUUUGUACUGGGCGGCCCCGGCGCGGGCAAAGGCACGCAGUGCGCGAAGCUCGUCGAGGCGUUCGGCUUUGUGCACUUGUCGGCGGGGGAUCUGCUACGGGCCGAGCGUCAGUCGGGCUCAGUGAAUGGCCAACUGAUUGACAGCAUGAUCAAAGAAGGACAGAUCGUGCCCGUGCAGAUCACGCUGAGUCUCUUGCAGCGGGCGAUGGUCACGAGCGGCCGCGACCUGUUCCUCAUUGACGGGUUCCCGCGCAACUUUGACAACCUGCGCGGCUGGCAGGCCGCCAUGCCCGAAGCCGAGUUCCACGUGCAGGGCGUGUUGUUCUUUGACUGCAACGAGCGCGUCAUGGAGCAGCGGCUGCUCGAGCGCGGCAAGACGAGUGGCCGCUCGGACGACAAUGCCGACGCCAUCCGCAAGCGCUUCCGCACGUACUUGGACUCGACGCUGCCUGUUGUCCAGUACUACGAGCAGCAGAAGAAGGUGUUCAAGGUGGACGCGACGCUCGGCGUGGACGACGUCUUUGCAGCAACGAGUGCCGUCAUUCGACCGCUCGUGGGCAAGUAA